GAAAUCGGCAAUCAGCGUCGUACCGUUGACACCGACUCGCGUUAUCGACCGCAUUACCACGGCGAUUAAAUACGGCGUCUUCGACGUCGCAGUUGUAAUCUGUUGUCCGCGUUCGUUCCAUUGUAGUUCGUUUCGGUGAACCUACACCUACUUGUUCUCGCGACUGAUGCUGGUCCGGUAGUCGUCGUCGUCGUCGUCGUCGUCGAUAUUCCACCAUCGUCCUCUGCGACGGUCAACACCGUAUUGAAUUGCUACUGCUCGUCACAAUCAUUUUUUGUUCACGCGGUGUUUGGUUCACGUACAAACGACCGUAGCGGUCAGUGAAGCUACUUCGUAGCAUUGUUGUCAUCGGCGUUUGGUCUGAUCUGUUGACCGCUCCUUUGCGGCCAGCAUGAAUUACUUGGGCAAGUUCAUCAGUAAUUUCCGGCAUGUUUACAACGAGAUCAAUCCGGCCACCCUGACUGGAGCCAUUGACAUCGUCGUCGUCGAACAACCAGAUGGUACGUUCACAUGCUCCCCGUUUCAUGUGCGCUUUGGCAAGAUUGGUGUGCUACGUAGCAGGGAGAAAAUUGUUGAAAUUGAAAUUAAUGGCGAGCCUGUUCAGCUUCAUAUGAAACUUGGAGAAUCAGGCGAAGCAUUUUUUGUUGAAGAAAUUUCAGAAGAAGAUGAUAUUGAAACAAUUCCACCUCAUUUAGCAUGUUCACCAAUACCAGAUGAUGAAGAACGAAAAUCUAUAGAAUAUGCUAUUAACACAGAACUAGUUGUUCCUAAAACAUUUUGUGCUGAAACUGUUGAUGGUGGAAUUCAAGAUUUUCAACCGUUAAAGUUUCGACCAAUUGAAGACUCCCCACCCCGUCCACAAAUGCGUAAACGGAGACGUAAAAAAUCUGUGAUAAAAAGGAAAGUGAAGGAUGAAACUAAAAAACUUGGAAACACAUUUGGGUCAUGUGAUCUUCCUACUCCUUCUUGUUUAAAUGAUGAUCGUUCCCAAGAUCAAUAUGUAGAUAAUGAUUUACAUUUCUUUAGUGAUACAGAUGCAUCUCCUAGUUCAAAUUUUGGUGAAGUAAAAUAUAAUUGUACGACUGUCCAGUCCGAUACUGAAUAUGAACUUCAGCAAAGAGCCAGAGAUUCAGCUAUUGAAAGUCUUAUUGGAAAAUGUGCAAUUAAUAAGAUUGAUUUGAAUAAUGGUUCUAGUGAUCAUCAAUCUUGGCGUUGGGGAGAAUUGCCUACCCCUCCAGCACGUCGUAGUAGUUUGGACUCUGAUGAUCCUAUAUCAAAUUUACAGGAAGCUUCUAAAAAACAAGAAGCAGCUAAUCAAAGAUCUAUGUUGGCAAAUAUGUUGGGUUUCAUGAAAAAAACCAAACACAUUCGCCACAACUCUUCUGAGAAUGGCGGAAUAUAUUUAGCUGAUUUAUGUACAGAUCAAUUAGAUCCAAAGGUAUUAGAAAUGUAUUUAUACAAUCAAACACCGCCUAGACCUGAUGUUAAAAUUACUGAUGAUGUUGAUGAUGAUGACAUGGAAUCUGGACAAGGAGCUUCAUUAUCUCAUUCACCUACUAGCAUGGAUAGGGAAGGACCAAAAUCUAUUGAUAGUGAUUUUGAUGAAAAGUUCCAUCAAAAUUUGCCUUGCGAAGUAUCAAUUUCUUUAUGUGGAGAACUAGAUAAUUUGAGUAGUACUGAUAUAAUUGAAGAAAAAUUUUCCACUCAUCAGAUUUCAUAUGCAGAAUUUUCUUCAGAUUUCAAUAAUCUUGUAAAGAAUCCUAAUUUAGUAGUGCGCAUAAACAAAAAAUAUUAUAAUUGUCAAACUGCUUUGCCUCAUUUGAUCUCCAUAGCUGCUUAUCAAAAAUUGUUACCCCAGAAUGAAUACUCUGAAACUAAAGUACAAGAAGAAAAAACUAAAGGUCUCAAUCGAGGUUAUACAUCUUGGUUCAACUGGAGUCGUGCCAGUAAAGAUACAAAAUCAAUUACAACAACAGGUGAUUCCAAUCAUUUAUCUGAGCAGUUAGUCCAAAAUAGCGAUAUAAAUGAAUGUAUAAUGAAAUCAGAAAUUGAUGGGAAAACAGAACAUGAAAUGGAAACAUCUAAUAAUAACUAUGUCCCAAGACAACGUUGCUAUAGUUCAACUGACUCAGAGCUUGAACUAGAAACAACAAAACUUUCAUUGAAGUCUUUGAAGGAUAAGAAUGAUAUUUGUAGAAAAACUUUAAGAUUAACAUCAGAGCAAAUUGAAAAAUUAAAUUUAAGAGAAGGUUCUAAUGAAAUUGUGUUUAGUGUAACAACUGCCUAUCAAGGUACUAGUCAUUGCAAAUGUUUUUUAUUUAAAUGGCGAUAUGAUGACAAAAUUGUUAUAUCUGAUAUUGAUGGCACCAUUACCAAAUCAGAUGUUUUGGGUCAUAUACUUCCUAUUGUUGGUAAAGAUUGGGCUCAAAGUGGUGUUGCAAAAUUGUUUACUAAGAUUAAAGAUAAUGGUUAUAAAUUAUUAUAUUUAUCAGCUAGAGCUAUUGGUCAAUCCAGAGUUACCAGAGAUUACUUAAAAAGUAUCAAACAAGAAGAUUUGUCUUUACCAGAAGGACCUGUGCUAUUGAAUCCAACUAGCUUAUUGAAUGCAUUUCACCGCGAAGUCAUUGAGAAAAAACCAGAGGAAUUCAAAAUUUCUUGUCUCAAAGAUAUUCAAGCUCUAUUUCCUGCUGAUAACAAACCAUUUUAUGCUGGCUAUGGAAAUAAAAUAAAUGAUGUUUGGUCUUAUCAAGCUAUUGGUAUACCAAUAUCAAGAAUAUUUACUAUAAACCACAAAGGAGAACUGAAACACGAAUUAACUCAAACUUUCCAGUCUUCAUAUACAUAUAUGAGUACAAUUGUGGAUGAAAUGUUCCCUGUGUUACCGAUGCAAGAGUUGGAUUACAACCAGUUCAUUUAUUGGCGUGAUCCAGUUCCAGAUUUUAAAUAAGGGAAAUUUACCUUUCCUUAAGCUUCAAGUUAUGCAUACAAUUUUAAAUUAUAAAUAUAUUUAUUUAAUAUUUUACAAAAAAGAUUGCCUUAGUGACUUAUAUUUUUGGUCUGAUAGUUCUAUUAAUUUAAUUUGUUAUUGUAUUCACUAUUAUAAGCUUAAAUUUAAUAUGUAAGAGAAACACAGAAAAAAUAAUAAUGACAAUUAAUAUUUUUUGUGAUACGUAGUCAUAUAGGUAUAAUCGAAUAGCGG